AUGCGUAAGCUCCACUCCAAAUCUAGAUUGGGCUGUAAAGUAUGCAAGGUACGACGGGUCAAGUGCGACGAGACCCGACCUUCAUGCAAGCGAUGCUCACAAACCGGGCGAACGUGCUCCUUUCUUGCCGACGUGCCCGUACUCCCUCCAUCGAUUCCAUCCCCGCCGAACUCGUCCAGUACCGAGUCAAUCCCCAGCGCCGCCUCAUCAGUGGUGUUCGAGCCCUUGCCCAAUGUCAAUGGCCCUGGAAGCUCUCACGCCAGACCUGCCGAUAGCUCGCUGGAGGAGCGGUAUGGCUCGUUACAUUUGUACCUUCUUUAUCUUUUUGAGCACCAGCCUUCCGAACACAUGAGAUUAACACACCCGGGGCUGGACGACUUGCUGAAAAUGAUGAUAAAGGAGGCGUUCAAGACACCCUACGUCAUGGACCAAGUAUUGGCCUACAGCGCAGCCCAUGAGAGCGUGCGUGAUCAAAAUAACAGAGAUUCUCAGCAGCUCUACGCCACGGAGGCCACCAGACUCCAGACACGGGCACUUACCUUGUACAACAAUGCCAAUCCCCAGGUCUCAGCGUGCACUUGCCUCCCAAUGUUCAUAUUUACCUCGCUGCUGGCUCACCACACUCUCUUCGACGUCCUCAGCGAUUCCAAGAAGGGCCUGGGUGCGGUCAUAGACGGGCUGACUCGUUCUAUACCCGUUCACCGCGGGCUUAUGGCCGUUGCGGCAGCCUGCUGGUCGAUGUUUUCCCCAGAGCUUCAAAAGCAGUUUCUUCAGACCUGUCUGCGCGAACCCAAGGAUAUAAAUAUCGCCUCGGAUGACGAGUGUGAUAGCCUCAAGACUCGCCUAGAGAAAAGUGACCUGAGCGCCUCCUCUAUCGCAAUACAUCUUGAAGCCGUCGAGCUAUUGCAGCGCCUGUUCGACAAUGAACGAAACGCAGUAUCUCUCCAGCAGGGCAACUUGGCACCCCUACAAGACUGGUUGGUUGGAGUGUCAGCCGAGUUUGUAUCAUGCAUCCAGCAGAGACGACCAGAGUCGCUUGUCAUUCUCGCCUUCUACGCUGUUAUGCUCCAUCGUGCUUCUGAUUACUGGUUCGUCGGAGAUUUGGGGAAAUGCCUCAUUUAUCUAAUCAAUGACCAGCUUGGUCCAGCCUGGGAGGAUUGGCUCGCAUGGCCUAAUGGAAUGGUGGGAUAUCACAAUAAGGGGGCGGGAGAGUACGCUUAG